ACGAAGUAUCCCGCUGCUGAGAAGGCCAUCAUCAAACAGCUUGAAGCACUUCGUGAUGCUGGAGCUGUACUUACUCUCGUCACAAUCCGAGGGAUCAUCAUUGCAAUCCUCUCCGAUACGGCGCCAGACAUCUUUGAGCACCAAGCAAAAGACGGCUCGAAGUUCCAGUGUUCAGAUGCAUUUGUUCGACAUUGGUUGCAUGAAACCCUGCACUGGUCCGAGAGACGCACGACACGAGCUGCCCAAAAAACUCCGGAUAAUUGGGAAGACUUAUGCGAGCGAGCCUUCUUUCGACUAGCACACGUCAUCAAAGAGGAGGACAUUCCAUCU